CCAGACGCCGGUACCCACGCCGUACAACGUGUUCGUCUUGGCGGCGGCCGAGGUGGAGCUGGACGUGCUGACGGGCGAGUACCGCUUCAACCGGGUGGACAUGUACGAGGACGCCGGCCAGUCCCUGUCGCCCUGGGUCGACGUCGGCCAGGUGGAGGGUGCGUUCGUCAUGGGCAUGGGCCUGCACCUGUUCGAAGAAUACCGCUACGACCCUGACACCGGCCGCAAGCUGACGGAUAGCGCCUGGAGCUACUUCGUGCCAUCCAGCAAGGACAUACCGACCGACUUCCGUGUCAAGCUCUUGAAAAACAACUACAACCCCGUCGGUGUUUUCAACUCGAAAGCCACCGGCGAGCCUCCGCUGUGUGUGACGUUCAGCUGCCUGAGCGCGCUGAGGCAGGCCGUCGCGGCAGCUCGCAAGGACGCCGGAAAAGUCAACUGGACUCAGCUUGACGCGCCGAGUACAGUGGAGUCCGUCCAGACCGCCUGCCAGCUGAGCGUCGACAUGUUCGUGCUCUCGUGAGCGAGACCGAGCCCCUCGCGGCGGGGGUGCCGGUAGAUGGUUGGGCGGUGGGCGCUGUGGUUCGCCCCGGGGCGGCCGGGCCUGCUCUGUCGUGCCGCAGUCGUGUGCGAGACGCUCCAGGCCGGCACCACGGACGUGAAAAGCCAGCGAUUGGCGUCGGGUUUAGUCCCGCCACGGCUGGAAAGGUGGCUUAAUCAGGCAUUUACUCAGCUGGGUGAUACUGCUGUGAUUGUUCAUGAUUGGCACGGUGCUUGUUGUUACGCUGUGCCUUGUUCUCGGCUGUACGGAUAUUCCUCGGGUGUUGUGACUGGUAUUACCUCGUCAGAAGUUAUGCUGUGGGUUAGACAGGUCAGCAAAUUUAUAGCACUGUUCGAGCUGCAUUGUGCUUAGGACGCUUAGCUCAAUGUUUCGAUGGCUUUAAAACGGUAUCGUCGUUACUGGAGGGAGAAGGAUGAGACCGAGGUCAUGUAUCGCUUCCUCUGUUGUCUUUGCGUAUCCCUUGCAGGCAGCGACGAUCACACUGUUUCAGUUGUCCCUAUAUCCCCUCCUCUCCCUCUCCAAUGGCCAGUUUGUUCCCAAGAUCAUCAGAUGCUCACCAGGCGUGAAAUAUGGGUGAAACCCAAGUACAUCAUUUCGAUUUUUCGUGGUAGGACUAGGGCGCCUGAUGUGUACCAAUAAGGUUACUGUUUGAGGAUAGUUGUAGAUCACGUAUGCUGCAAAUGAUGCAGUUGUAGUCAAUGGAUGAUCCAAUACAAAUUCACAAAGAACGGAUAGCAUGACUUCAAAAAAGU